AGAAAGAGAGUAGUAGAGCACCGACAGAAGUUAUACGCUCAGUUGCGCGGUAGAAAAACGUUGACUCCAUUUCAAACUGUUGAUCCAUCCGACCGGUGAGAUCUGUUCACCGAGUCCCCGCACUACAAACUCCCGGACCGCUUCAUAUCGACUCCUCAGCUGCUUCAGGUAACCCGCCAUUCGGCCAGAAAACCCAGCAGAAACCUGGACCGGAUUCACGGACUGGAGAACUGACUCGCUCAUUCAUUUCAUUCAAAGACCAAAUGGCUUCCAGAUCAGAGGAGGAUCUCUGCUGUCCGGUCUGUCAUGAUGUCUUUAAAAAUCCUGUUGUUCUGACAUGUAGCCACAGCUUCUGUAAAGACUGUCUGCAGCGCUGGUGGAGACAGAAACAAGCUCGAGAGUGUCCAGUCUGUAAGACGACAUCUUCAUAUUCAAAUCCACCUUGUAACCUGGUGUUGAAGAACCUGUGUGAGGCCUUCUUACUGGAGAGAGAUCAGAGAGCUUCAGGGGCUCUCUGCAGUCUGCACUCUGAGAAACUCAAACUCUUCUGUCUGGACCAUCAGCAGCCAGUGUGUCUCAUCUGCAGAGAUUCAGAAACACACUCCAACCACAGAUUCAGACCCGUCGAUGAAGCUGCACGACAACACAUGGAGGAGCUUCAGGAAACUCUGGAGCCCUUAAAGGAGAAGUUAAAGGUUUUUGAACAAAUUAAAGUGAAGUUUGAUCAGACAGCAAAACACAUAAAGCUCCAGGCGCAACACACAGAGACGCAGAUUAAGGAUCAGUUUAAGAAGCUUCACCAGUUUCUAGAAGAGGAAGAGGAGGCCAGGUUGGCUACACUGAUGGAGGAAGAGGAGCAGAAGAGUCAGAGGAUGAAGGAGAAGAUGGAGGCUCUCAGUAGAGAGAUAGCAGCUCUUUCAGACACAGUCAGAGCCACAGAGGAGCAGCUGAGAGCUGAAGAUGUCUCAUUCCUGAUCAACUGCAAGGCUGCAGUGGAAAGAGUCCAGCAGCGCCCCCUGCUGGAUGAUCCACAGCUGCUCUCAGGAGCUCUGAUAGACGAGGCCAAACACCUGAGCAACCUGAGCUUCAACAUCUGGAACAAGAUGAAGGACAUGGUCUCCUACACUCCUGUGAUUCUGGACCCAAACACUGCUCAUCUAGAUCUCAUCCUGGCUGAAGAUUUGACCAGUGUGAGAGUAGGUAAGAGACAGCUACUUCCUGAUAAUCCAGAGAGGCUUGGAUCACUCUUCUCUGUCCUAGGCUCUGAGGGCUUUAACUCUGGGACUCACAGCUGGGAUGUUGAGGUUGGAGACAGUACAGUCUGGGCAAUGGGUGUGUUAGCAGAGUCUCUCCAGAGGAAGGGAAGCAUACAGUCUGGAUUAUGGACAAUAGGUUUCUCAAAAGGUAAAUACUCAGCACGGUCACCACCAGCUCCACGCACUGAUGUCAUAGUGCAAAAGCAGCUCCAGAGGAUCAGAGUGACUCUGGACUGGAACAGAGGAAAGCUUUCGUUCUCUGAUGCGGAUACUAACAUACACACCUUCACACACACCUUUACUGAGAAGAUGUUUCCAUUCAUUUUCACUGCUAAUAAAGUGAACAUAUCACCUGUAAAUGUGUGUGUGACAGUGGAGCAGAGCAGUUAAGAGGAUGAUUAUAUUCAUUCAGUUUUUCUUAAAGAGAAAAGUCACCGGAUUUAACAUUUUAAUCUGCACAUAUCCUUCUGCUGUCUCAGUAUUACAAAGAUCUGUUUAGUUUUCUUUCAAUAGUUUUUAAUUUAGAAUUGGCGAAAAACAAUUUUUACUUGUCCGAUUUACUGCUUUGUUCUAACGCCGCUGGGCGCUCUCUCUCUCUUCAGUCACUCUCCACCAUAUAACAUUACCGUGCUGUCGGGCGCUCGUUGAGGCUCCAUCUGAAACUCUGCCAUUUGGACCAGCUGUUUGUAACAUAAAACUAAAAAAGAUUAUGGAUAUUUUCAUUUCUAUAGGUUAUACCUGACUUUACCAGCUGACUUCUCUAUUGGCUGUUGGAACGAAUUCCGAAAUUCGAAUAUAAUUUGAAUGUUUAAAAAAAUCUACUAUUCGAAUGCUAAGAUUACUAUUUGAAUAUUGCUUUUUUUAUGUGUGUUUUUUUUAUAUACAAUCUUGCCUUUCUCGCCGCCUUGGCCUACAACGCAUGUGAAAAUAAAAUG